AUGCCUUCUGUUUCCAAGAGCAGACCUCACUCUGUGGGCAUCGUUCGUGACGAAGAAUGUGUCAAAGUCGCUGAUCAACUGCCUCUGUACCAUUCCGACCGACGCCACAGCCGGUGCUUGAAUGCGGCAAUCCGAAUUAUAACGAUUCUCCUGGCGUCUUGGGGAUUUAUAUCUAUCUGCCUCCAAUUGUCUCGCCUUGUUAGACCGCCUCCACCCACACCCGACGUAUACAGACCAGAGACUCUGGAACCUACUAUGAACCUAUGUGACUGUGGGCGCAACGUUGAGGAGGCCCUUUCUAAGCAUUGUGUGUACGAUUCGCUGGCUACAGCGUGGCUACCCCCUCACUGCCGCGACGACAAACUGACGGCGGAGUUUGACCAAUCGGGUCCGUCACCUGAUGGAUCAUGGCCCUACUAUGCGGAUGCAAAUGGCACCAUCCCGAUUGAAAAAGCCCAAGUUGCACUUUUGGGCGAUAGUGAAGGAAGCUUCUGGAGUCUGAGAGACUGGCAUAUUGCACACUGCAUGUUCUACUGGGAAAAAUAUAUACGAAUGAGAGAAACGGGGGUAGUGAUGGAACGGAGGUUCGAUAGUGUCGCUCAUGCGCGGCAUUGCAGGCGGCUGGUCAUGAACCCGACGAAGUUUCACAAGCAGCUUUUGGAGGUGCCUGUGAUGAUGAAUUCAGGGAUCAAUGAAGUCGAAGGUGGGCAUGAGCACGAACAUCACCAUGACCAAGGGCAGACCCCUGGUAGGGAUUAG